ACUCCUUCGGCCGUUCGCUCUCUUCUCUACCCCCUUCUCACUCUCUCUUGCCGGAAAAAUGGCCACGGCCACAAUGGCGACCGCGGUAGACGCAACGCCUUUGAGUGGCCCCGCGCCGGCGAGGAAGAAGCCAGCGCCCGGUCGGGGCGGCGUCGUUGCGUCGUCCGGAGCCCUGACGGAGGAGGAGGCGCGCGUCCGGGCCAUAGCGGAGAUCGUGAACGCCAUGGUGGAGGGAUGCCGAAGAGGAGAAAACGUCGACCUCAACGCGCUCAAGUCGGCUGCUUGCCGCCGGUAUGGCCUCGCGCGAGCGCCUAAGCUCGUCGAGAUGAUCGCUGCGCUGCCAGACGCCGAGCGCGAGACCCUCCUGCCGAAGCUCCGAGCGAAGCCCGUUCGGACCGCCUCCGGGAUCGCCGUCGUAGCCGUGAUGUCCAAGCCCCACCGCUGCCCGCAUAUCGCCACCACCGGUAACAUCUGCGUCUACUGCCCCGGCGGCCCUGACUCCGACUUUGAGUACAGCACACAGUCGUACACGGGGUAUGAACCCACCAGCAUGAGAGCAAUCAGGGCCAGGUACAAUCCAUACGUUCAGGCUAGAAGUCGAAUUGACCAGCUGAAACGUUUAGGUCAUAGUGUUGACAAGAUUGAAUUCAUAUUGAUGGGAGGCACUUUCAUGUCCUUGCCAAGUGAUUAUCGUGAUUAUUUCAUAAGAAAUCUUCAUGAUGCAUUAUCUGGACAUACUUCUGCAAAUGUGGAAGAGGCGGUGCUUUAUUCAGAGCAUAGUGCAACAAAAUGUAUUGGGAUGACAAUCGAAACGAGGCCUGAUUACUGUCUUGGUCCCCAUCUGCGACAAAUGCUCUCUUAUGGUUGUACGCGUCUGGAGAUUGGAGUUCAAAGCACUUAUGAAGAUGUUGCUCGUGACACUAACAGAGGUCAUACCGUAGCUGCUGUAGCUGACUGCUUCUGCUUGGCAAAAGAUGCUGGGUUUAAGGUAAUUGCCCAUAUGAUGCCUGAUCUUCCUAAUGUAGGUGUCGAGCGAGAUAUGGAGAGUUUCCGUGAAUUCUUUGAGAGUCCAUUGUUUAGGGCAGAUGGCCUGAAAAUUUAUCCUACACUUGUUAUUCGUGGAACUGGGCUCUAUGAGCUGUGGAAAACUGGCAGAUAUAGAAACUAUUCACCUGAGCUGCUCGUGGACGUAGUUGCAAGGAUCUUAGCUAUGGUACCACCAUGGACGCGGAUUUAUAGAGUGCAAAGGGAUAUCCCUAUGCCUCUUGUUACAUCGGGAGUAGAGAAAGGAAAUCUCCGUGAGCUGGCCCUGGCAAGGAUGGAUGACCUAGGUUUGAAGUGCCGUGAUGUUAGAACUCGAGAAGCUGGAAUUCAGGAUAUUCACCAUAAAAUUAAGCCAGAAGAGAUCGAGCUUGUUCGCCGUGAUUAUGCUGCUAAUGAAGGCUGGGAAACUUUUCUUGCUUAUGAAGAUAUAAAGCAGGACAUUCUUGUUGGUUUACUGCGUUUGCGUAAAUGUGGUCGGAAUACAACUUGCCCUGAACUCAUGGGGAGAUGCUCUAUUGUUCGUGAACUUCAUGUCUAUGGAACUGCAGUUCCAGUGCAUGGGCGUGAUGCUGAUAAAUUGCAACAUCAGGGUUUUGGCACACUUUUGAUGGAAGAAGCCGAGAGGAUUGCUAUCAGGGAGCAUAGGUCAACAAAGAUGGCCAUAAUUUCAGGUGUAGGAACAAGACAUUAUUAUAGGAAGCUUGGUUACGAGCUUGAAGGGCCUUACAUGGUAAAAUGUCUUGUUUAAACAUCGACUGUAUCUGUAAUUGAAUGUGUUGUUAUAUAUGUUCCUCUUUCCCAUGCCAAGGUUUUCUGUUAAAGGUGGCAGCGGGUGUCCAAAUAAGAACUAUAGGCAAAUCAAUACAAUUUUUUAGUAGGGCACUUCCAAGGAGUUGGUGAAGUUGAUGAUGCUCCUUUCAAAUGACCUACUGUUCACUUCAUUA